AUGAUGAUGAACCGCUCCCUUCUCCGCGCCGCUGCGCGCUCUCUCCAGGCUGGUCCUACCUCCGUGGCAGGCCGCCGUUGCGCCUCUUCGGCUGUCUUCAACUGGGAGGAUCCCCUUGCCGCAGCUGAGUUGUACACAGAGGAGGAAUUGGCUGUGCAGGAUACUGCCCGUCAAUACUGCCAGGAUAAGCUUGCUCCCCGUGUUUUGGAGGCCUACCGCAAUGAGAACUACGACCGCCGCAUCCUCGAGGAGAUGGGUGACCUCGGUCUCCUCGGCGCUCACAUUCAGGGAUACGGCUGCGCCGGUGUCAGCACUGUUGCAUCGGGGUUGAUCACCAAGGAAGUCGAGCGUGUCGAUUCCGGAUACCGAUCCGGUAUGUCGGUCCAGAGCUCUCUGGCCAUGACCGGCAUCUACGAGUUCGGCACAGAGGAGCAGAAGGAGCGUUUCCUCCCGGGACUCGCCAAGGGUGUCAUCUCCGGCUGCUUCGGUCUGACCGAGCCCAACCACGGCUCCGACCCCGGUUCCAUGGAGACCGUGGCUCGCGAGCACCCCACACAGAAGGGCACCUACCUGCUUUCCGGUAGCAAGACAUGGAUCACCAACUCUCCCAUCUCUGAUAUCGCCCUUGUCUGGGCCAAGCUCGAGUCCACUGGAAAGAUCCGUGGUUUCAUCGUCGAGCGUUCCCGAGCCACCCCUGGGUCUUACGAGACCCCUGCUAUUAAGAACAAGAGCGCCCUGCGUGCUUCCAUCACUGGUAUGAUCCACAUGGAUAACUGCCCUGUUCCUGCCGAGAACAUGCUGCCCGAUGUUGAGGGCCUUAAGGGUCCCUUCACAUGCUUGAACAGUGCCCGUUUGGGAAUUGCUUUCGGUGCCAUGGGUGCCCUUGAGGACUCCCUUGCCCGUGCCCGCGAGUACAGUCUCGAGCGCAAGCAAUUCAAGGGUAACCCUCUUGCCAAGUACCAGCUCAUCCAGAUGAAGCUGGCUAAUGCCGCUACUGAUGCUGCUUACGGUACUCUGGCUGCUGUUCAGGUCGCUCGUCUUAAGGAUGAGGGUAAGGCCACUCCUGAGAUGAUCUCUAUGAUUAAGCGCCAGAACUGCGAUCGUGCUUUGGCCAACUCCCGAAUUCUGCAAGAAGUCUUCGGUGGCAACGCAGCCAGCGACGAGUACCACAUUGCCCGCCAUGUGGCCAACCUGUUUGUGGUGCAGACUUACGAAGGACAGAGCGAUAUUCACGCUUUGAUCUUGGGCCGUGCCAUCACCGGUGUGCAGGCCUUCUGUUAG